UUACUGUUCACAUGCAAGAUUAACACUAAUACUCUCGUUUACAUGGAGAUUGAACAACUUUAUUUGCUUAAUACGAUUUUUUUAUAGUUUUACGAAACUAUGUUUUCAAGAUGGCGACGAGAGGCUGAAAAUUGCUCAUAUUUUACUUAAAAUAGCUCAAAAGUGGCACCUAUCUGAAGUUCAACAGGCAUGUAAUUUGAAAGUAUACCUACUAAAGUCAAGUAAUCAGGAAUAAAACUCGUCUGCAAGGAAUUUUCUGAAAAGUUAUAAAUCUCCAAAUUGGGUCUAUUUUUAGCUGUUUGUUUACAUUCGCGUGUUCGCUGAUCAGCGACACUAGUAAUAAUUAAAAAGUUAAAUAAGCUGGUUUGUUAUCCAGGUUCUAAUUAACAACAUAAAAAACAUUAAAAAUACAACCUUAAAUAUUCUUGGCUUAUUCGCAUGAAUAAUUUCACAACUGUUAAAUAUCUUUUUAAGGUAUAAUCGGGCAGUACUUUCUGUGGUUGUAGCAAAUUUCAAAGCUGUCAGUAUCUCUGGCUGUAUAUAAAAAGUGUUCGGUGCUUUAACUUAUUUAUUCAACUCGUCUCGUAAUCUUUUUCUGUCCUUGUAAAUGGAAAUUUUGCCGGAAAGGUCGGACAUUAAUUCGUGCAGCAUGGAUGCAACAUAUUUUUGUACAUAAUUGCAGUCAAAAUACUACAACCUUCCCACUUCCGCUUUUGUAGUCUGUUGUCAUUUUGUUAUUUUGUUUUGACUUUUGCAUUAUUGCAGCGGUUGCCGAAUUAUGGAGAAAUAUGGCGAUAAAAUUUAGUUGUUUCUUUAUUUUUGUAAUAUUUUAAAUAAUUGUAACAAAGGAUGCAUUUUUCGUUUGAUUCACUGCAUAUGAACACAUAAAAGUUUUGAAAUUUAACUUAUGUCGUCGUAUUUCCCUAUAAUUUGUUAACCGCUACAAUAACAGAAAUACUGCAGUAACAGAGAUUUUCAAAAAAAUAGUUUUUAAAAAAGUUUUAAAAGAGUUUUAAAAAGCAAAAAAGUUUAAAAAGUUAGAUUUUUAAAAAAGUUAAAAAAAUUUAAAACGGUUAAUUAAAAAAGUUAGGGUUAGUAGUUAGGGAUUACUGGUUAGGAGUUAGGGGAUUAGUGGUUAGGGGUUAGUGCAUGCCGCGAAUUUAUUAUUAUGAUAAAUUCAAAAUGUGCUGCGAAUUCAUCAUAAUGAUAAUUUCGGACGUGUUCAGAAUUUACUCGUAUAGUAAAUUCAAAGGUGGAGCUCAUGCUGAACUACAACACUGGCUUGCCAGUUAUUUUUGAUAGCAGCUCCUAUAUUUACUUUGUGCAUGCUUGAGUCAUGGAAAAGAACUGUUCUUUUGCUGGCCUGGGGAAUUUUGCAUGUGGAGAAAGCCGGGGAAUACAGAAGGUUGCACAAAUUGGGGAGUAUAUGCAGACAUUUGUACUCACCCCAGCAGUUGUCACCUCACGAGGCUUACCAUCAACCAGAGCGAACUUAUACUUGCCAGAGCAGGGCACUUUUACCUACCCAGGAACAGCUGACAAACAUGACUAUCCAGUCUGUUAUUAGAUCAGUUUCAUUUUCAAUUGGGUCUAUCCUGUCAAUAUGAGAUCAGUGGAUAGAUUUAUAUAACUAUGAAGCCAGCAGACAAAUUUGGGUAACGUUGUUUACAUCGUUGCUACCCAAUUCACAGCUUUGGAUAACUCACAUGCCUAUAUAGUUACUAUUAUUCUAGUUUACAGAAGCAUAGACUGAAUAGAACAAAAGUAACUAAACAUUAAACUUAUGUAUUAUCACUUUAUAUUUACUGAGAUAGAGGGAAACUGUGUGUUUUGUGGACCAGAGCCACUUAUAGAUAGUAUAUAAGUGUUAAAGACUAAAGUAUGAAUAAUUCACCGAUUAUUGGAGUGAACUUAAUUUGAAACCAAAACUGGAUAAAUGGAACGCCGUAAAUAAAAAGUUUAACGAGGGUCCUGAAGGGGGGGGGGUCCCAAUCCCAUUUCCCACCUGAAAUUUUGGCAAAAUCCCAGUCCCAGUUGGAUUUUUAUUAGAAAUCCCAGUCCCAGUUAUUGAAAUCCCAGUCAAUAAAAAAACCUUUAUUUAUCGGUGGAAUAAACAGUUUUAAGACCUUUUAAGCGAGUGGCGGACACUUUAUGAAAUAUUAGGGGGGGGCUCGUGCCGAAGGCACGGAAAAUUUUUAAAUUUGAACCCGGAAAUGGCAUUUGCAGCACUCUGAGACACGCAUAAUCAGAAAACCCAGAAUUCCGGGCGCCAGAGUAUGCCUGUUCGCAGGUAGUGCUGUGAAUAAUAUAGAGUAACAACAAAAAUCAUGACCAAAGACACCAAAAACGGAUCAAAAUUGUAUUUUAAAAUACUCAAAACGCAGAAAAAUUGGGAAUCGACUCGCAUUACCUCAAUCCCAUUCCCAUUUUUGAGGACUUCAUUUCCCAUUCCCAGUGGCAAAAUCCCAGUCCCAGCAACCCAAACCCCAUUUUCCCAGUCUAAAAAUAGAUCAAUCACAGUUCCCAUUUUACCCCAUCAGGGCCCUCUUUAAAAAAUGAACUUUGAAACUUCGCGGUUGACACGCAUGACACGUUUCAUUGCAGACCGGUUGCCGAACAUGAGGUUUUGUGGACCGGCACGUGACACGGUUUUGACAAUCGGCAAAUAGAAAAAUUGAACUUUGACACUAACUAUCAAUAAGUGUUAUAAGACUAUAUAACAAUAAGAGUUAGUUACUUUGUUCUAUUUUAUGCUUUUGUAAUAUAGAACCAUAGUAACUAGGCGUGUAUGUUAUAUAAAGUUGUGAAUUGGGUAUAAACAAACGUUGCCUGGGGAAUUUUGCAUGUGGAGAAAGCCGGGGAAUACAGAAGGUUGCACAAAUUGGGGAGUAUAUGCAGACAUUUGUACUCACCCCAGCAGUUGUCACCUCACGAGGCUUACCAUCAACCAGAGCGAACUUAUACUUGCCAGAGCAGGGCACUUUUACCUACCCAGGAACAGCUGACAAACAUGACUAUCCAGUCUGUUAUUAGAUCAGUUUCAUUUUCAAUUGGGUCUAUCCUGUCAAUAUGAGAUCAGUGGAUAGAUUUAUAUAACUAUGAAGCCAGCAGACAAAUUUGGGUAACGUUGUUUACAUCGUUGCUACCCAAUUCACAGCUUUGGAUAACUCACAUGCCUAUAUAGUUACUAUUAUUCUAGUUUACAGAAGCAUAGACUGAAUAGAACAAAAGUAACUAAACAUUAAACUUAUGUAUUAUCACUUUAUAUUUACUGAGAUAGAGGGAAACUGUGUGUUUUGUGGACCAGAGCCACUUAUAGAUAGUAUAUAAGUGUUAAAGACUAAAGUAUGAAUAAUUCACCGAUUAUUGGAGUGAACUUAAUUUGAAACCAAAACUGGAUAAAUGGAACGCCGUAAAUAAAAAGUUUAACGAGGGUCCUGAAGGGGGGGGGGUCCCAAUCCCAUUUCCCACCUGAAAUUUUGGCAAAAUCCCAGUCCCAGUUGGAUUUUUAUUAGAAAUCCCAGUCCCAGUUAUUGAAAUCCCAGUCAAUAAAAAAACCUUUAUUUAUCGGUGGAAUAAACAGUUUUAAGACCUUUUAAGCGAGUGGCGGACACUUUAUGAAAUAUUAGGGGGGGGCUCGUGCCGAAGGCACGGAAAAUUUUUAAAUUUGAACCCGGAAAUGGCAUUUGCAGCACUCUGAGACACGCAUAAUCAGAAAACCCAGAAUUCCGGGCGCCAGAGUAUGCCUGUUCGCAGGUAGUGCUGUGAAUAAUAUAGUUAACAACAAAAAUCAUGACCAAAGACACCAAAAACGGAUCAAAAUUGUAUUUUAAAAUACUCAAAACGCAGAAAAAUUGGGAAUCGACUCGCAUUACCUCAAUCCCAUUCCCAUUUUUGAGGACUUCAUUUCCCAUUCCCAGUGGCAAAAUCCCAGUCCCAGCAACCCAAACCCCAUUUUCCCAGUCUAAAAAUAGAUCAAUCACAGUUCCCAUUUUACCCCAUCAGGGCCCUCUUUAAAAAAUGAACUUUGAAACUUCGCGGUUGACGCGCAUGACACGUUUCAUUGCAGACCGGUUGCCGGACAUGAGGUUUUGUGGACCGGCACGUGACACGGUUUUGACAAUCGGCAAAUAGAAAAAUUGAACUUUGACACUAACUAUCAAUAAGUGUUAUAAGACUAUAUAACAAUAAGAGUUAGUUACUUUGUUCUAUUUUAUGCUUUUGUAAUAUAGAACCAUAGUAACUAGGCGUGUAUGUUAUAUAAAGUUGUGAAUUGGGUAUAAACAAACGUUGCCCAAAUUUGUCUUAUCGAGCUAGACUUGGGCCAGUACACGCAUUUUCAUAAAAAUAGCAACCCUUCAGCUGAACAGGAUUCUGAUUAUCAUAUUGAGCGACAUCAAAAUCAUGGGAGUUUCUGCAAAGUGCAUUAAACCGAUAUUACCUGUAACACUAUUUCAUGACCUAAACAUCGCACAGAGACACUUAUGUAAGUUUUCUACUCACAUUGGUCGUUCAGACAUGCACCUUCCGCCGUGGGAGCGGCAGUCAAGGUCAUAAACAGGAGAUUAUGGUAUUGUGUCAAUGUAUUGACGAAGUUCUUAUUAUAUUACCAAUAUAUUAUUUAAUAACAUUAAAAGAUAUCAGGGUCGUAGACACGAGCAGAAUCGUUGUAACUGUACUACUGUAUGUGAAUAUUGAAAGUGUAUAAUUAGUGCAAGUGUAAGUUAAGUAUAAAUGUAAAGCAAUUCGAAUUCAAGAAUGUUCUGUACACGAUCGCUUGUAUAUAUUGUAAUUAUAUUUUCACAAAAUUGUAUAUAUUCUUUUGAACAAGCUAAAAAAGUUUACUCAUGGGUAAUAAAUCAGCUUAUUUUAACUCUUCAAUUACUAGUGUCGCUUAUCAGCGAACACGCGAAU